GCUCAAGAUGGGAAAUGUGUCCAACAUCUCGGUGUUCACCUCCACCUUAUCGGAGAGAGAAGACCUGAUUUUUGGCACACUCUAUUUAGUCUUUGGCAUCAUGUCCUUCUCUGGGAACUCACUGCUGCUGCUGGUGGCCUAUCAGAAGAGGUCCUUGCUGAAACCUGCCGAGUUCUUCAUCGUCAACCUGGCCAUCAGUGACCUGAGCAUGACGGUGACGCUCUUCCCCUUGGCCACCUCCUCCUUCUUUGCACACAGGUGGCUGUUUGACCGGGCGGUUUGCACCCUCUAUGCCUUCUGCGGGGUCCUGUUCGGGCUGUGCAGCCUCGCCAGCCUGACGGUGCUCAGCACGGUUUGCUGCCUCAAGGUCUGUUACCCAGCAUAUGGGAACAGGUUCUCCCCGAGCCACGCCGCGGUGCUGCUGCUGUGUGUGUGGGCCUACGCCCUGACCUUCGCCACGGCCCCCUUGGCCGAGUGGGGCAGCUACGGCCCCGAGCCCUACGGGACAGCCUGCUGCAUCACCUGGGAAACCUCGAGCAGGGAGGCCACGCUCUACAUCCUCGCCCUCUUCAUCUUCUGCUACCUCCUCCCCUGCCUCCUCAUCCUCGCCUCCUACUCGCUGAUCCUGUGGACGGUGUGGGUGUCCCGGAGAGCCGUCCAGCAGCACACGUCCCCCCGGCGCAGAGCCCGCAGCCUGCACAGCCUGCUCCUCAAGCUGAGCGUUGCCGUGUGCCUGGGGUUUCUGGCUGCCUGGACCCCCUAUGCCGUGGUUGCCCUGUGGGCACUGCUCGGGGACACCAGCCAGGUGCCAGCGCUGGCCUUCGUGCUGUCGGCCGUCUUUGCCAAGUCCUCGACACUCUACAACCCGCUGGUGUACCUGCUCUUCAAGCCCAACUUCCACAAGUUCCUCUCCAAGGACAGGGUGCUCCUCCAGGCCCUCCGCACCCUGCUCUGCUGCGGCUGCCCGAGCGCGGCGCUCCAGCCCUUCCCGUCCCCGGGUGUCAGUGACCACGCCGGGGCUUGCAGAAACUGCAACGACGCUUUUGAGUGUUUCAGCAACUACCCCAAGUGCUACAACCCUCCCCAGGCGCCCAGCAGCUCCCCCCUGCACGGUCCCCUGGCCAUCCUGGCCGAUGGAGCUGCUUGCCAGCCGGGGCUGAAGAGGACAGUGCAGGUGAUGGUGCUGGUCACACGGAAGAGGUCGGGCCUGGGUGCUGUGAACGUGGCAGGGGAAGCCCUGCCAUCGGCCCUGGUGAAAGACCUGCUCUGAGCCUGGCUGUGCCCAGCUCUGUCCUGCCAGCACGCCGCAGGACAAACCCAAACACAACAUUCCUCUCACCCACGUACCCAGCGGGUCCCCAGAUGUUCUGUAGGUGAAGUGAUGUGAAAAUGUAAGACCAGCCUUGCCUCCUGCUCUGGUUUGGCUCUUGCAACUCUGAGCCUGGUCUUUGCACUUGAGAAAACAAGGACGAAACCAGACCCUGAGUGCCUGAGAUCUGCUCACGGUGCAGCCCAGGGUAGUCUCUCCUGUCGUUUGCUCUCUGGGCCCUUGGCCUUUGUUUUUCAUCCUGGUGCUCUGAUGACCAAGUAGGAACUUGGUUGUCUUAAAAACUGUGCCUGGCAGGGCAGGCUAGGGGCCAAGAGGCCCUGAGGGGCAUCUACCUUCAGUGUUGGCUCCUACAGCCCCCACAACCAUAUCCUCUCCUGCUGGGGAGCAGGACCAUGUCACACAGCUACCUCACUUGGGAUUAUGAAGCACCUCCCUAUAGCUCUCAGGGACUGCUCUCUGUGCCCGCUGUGCUACCCCACUCCCUCCAUUUGAAUGAAACCCACCACUCUCAUGUGUUUAGAGCAGGGAUUUGGGGUUACAGUAAUCCUGGAGUGACUAAUGGCAGUCCCAGGUUGUGGUCUCCAGGCAGGGAUUGACAAAUCUGUGGCUGAGCAGCAUCCUGGAGAUGGGGCUGUGGCCACAGGGUAUCCCUGGCACAGGAACAACAGGGCAGCAGCUGCCAGGGCAACAGCAUCCUGCAGGAUUGAGUUGGCCCUUGGAGGUCAGUGUGGGCAGCACACCCACGGGGAGGGGUUGGGACAAAAGGGACCAAGAAGAUGUGCCAAGGGCCUGAUGCAAAGCCACCCCCACAAGAGCCCCCCCAGCAGCUCCCCUGCCCCGUCCCAGGCACUGUCACACGAGGGGAUCCCGUGGUGUCCGUGCUGACCAGUCACCGUGUCCCAGAAGUUGUCCAUUUCUAAAGUAAA